AUCGAGUAAUCGAGCACAUCGACUUGGCAUGCGUUCUGUUUGAAAACAGAAAACAUUCAAAGUCUGCUGUAUUUGAAAUUGAUUGCAGGGAAUUUCGUGUGACAUUUAAAACAGCGAUACGUUAUUCAAGUAAUUCACCAUGGCCAAACAUCAUCCUGAUCUUAUAUUCUGCCGAAAACAACCAGGAGUGGCUAUUGGGCGUCUCUGUGAGAAGUGUGAUGGCAAGUGUGUCAUCUGUGAUUCCUAUGUUCGUCCCUGCACUUUAGUACGAAUUUGUGAUGAAUGCAAUUAUGGAUCGUAUCAAGGACGUUGCGUCAUUUGUGGUGGUCCUGGUGUAUCCGAUGCUUACUACUGUAAGGAAUGUACAGUUCAAGAGAAAGAUAGAGAUGGUUGCCCAAAGAUUGUUAACCUUGGGAGCUCAAAAACAGAUCUAUUCUACGAGAGAAAGAAGUAUGGAUUUAAAAGACGGUAGCCCAGUUAGUGUAAGUAAAAUACAUUCCUCCAAAACCAGUUUCAACAGGCCAGGCUUCUUUUGGUGUUAUAUAUUCUGGGCAGUUGCAUUAUUAUCUUUUGUUGCUCUUCAAUUUUCUCAUCAAAUGCAUAGAAAUGAAUCAGGAAU